CUCACGCAAAUCAUAUUGCUCGGAAGGGUUCGAGUUUCCCGACCGAAUCUUUUUUCCGAGCGAGGACACAUCGCAAUAGCUGAGCGGGAGCAGCAGGAGGCGCACAAUGGCGCGAGCGAUGGAACAUAUAAAUACAUACGGGCGGCGCGCGUGGCGAUACAGGCCGAAAGCGCCGCGGACGUAGCACGUGCACGCCCAAAUUAAAAAAAAACAUGAACGACGCCGAACUGUACCAGCAGGGGAAUACCCUGCAGACCCGGGACGCACUGCUCUGCCUCCAGGAGUACGCGCCCCGGAUCCGCUGGGCGACCGCCGAUAUCGUCGUCGACAUCGGCUGCGGCGACGGCAGCGUCACCACCAAGAUCCUCAAGAAGAUGCUGCCGCCCGACCACAAGCUCGUAGGCUGCGAUAAGAGCGACAAGAUGGUGAUGUUCGCCAACGAGCACUACGGCCGCGACGCCACCUCCUUCAUAGUGCUCGACAUAGAGAACGACCUGCCCAAGGGACUCAGAGAGAACUUCGAUCACGCCUUCUCCUUUUACGCCCUGCACUGGAUCAAACACCAAAAGGCGGCAUUCACAAACAUCUACGACCUGCUGGCGGAGGGCGGGGACUGUCUGCUGAUGUUCCUCGGCCACAUGCCCGUGUACGACGUCUUCCGGAUCCUGGCGCAGUCCAACAAGUGGCGCACUUGGCUGAAAGACGUGGACCGUUUCAUCUCACCCUACCAUGAUUGCAAAGACUCGGAAAAAGAAAUCAAGAGAAUGAUGACAGACAUCGGUUUCAAGGAUGUCGAAGUGAAAUGCUCCGAAAGAUCUUUCCUGUACGAGAGCACCACCGCCAUUAAAAAGGCGGUCGCAGGAGUCAACCCGUUCGAAAUACCCAAAGACAGAGUGGAAGACUUCUUAGAAGAUUACGUCGCAAUAGUCAAGGAAAAGUACUUAAUAGACCACGCCAACAACAAUUCAACGGAAUCAUUUAGCGUUAAGACAAAUUAUCAAUUAAUAAUUGUUUAUGGAAAAAAAUAACUUAAUCGUAGAUAUAUAUGCAUUUUAAACUAUGUAGAGUUUUCCUCAAAGCAAUAAUUAGUCUGAUUGUAAAUACAGAUCGGUAUUUUUUCACAUAACGAUUUGUGAAUAUUUAUUGGAUUAUUCAAUAUAGUAGUAUUUUAGAUAGAGUAGAUUUAGGAUAGUUAUAACAAUUCAUAGUACAAAGAGACAAGGUGAGAUAUUUAUUUUACAAGUUGAGUUGAGAGUGAAUGAGGUCCUCAUUACGAGGAUGUAAUGGUAACUUUUAAGUAUGAUAAUUAAUAAGUAAAGUAGAUUACUUAAGAGGGCGACUAACA